AUGUCGGGCAGAGGCAAGGGCGGGAAGGGGCUGGGCAAGGGCGGCGCCAAGCGCCACCGCAAGGUGCUGAGGGACAACAUCCAGGGCAUCACCAAGCCGGCCAUCCGUCGCCUGGCUAGGCGAGGCGGCGUGAAGCGCAUCAGCGGCCUCAUCUACGAGGAGACUCGCGGUGUCCUCAAGAUCUUCCUCGAGAACGUCAUCCGCGACGCUGUCACCUACACAGAGCACGCACGCCGGAAGACGGUGACGGCGAUGGACGUCGUCUAUGCGCUCAAGAGGCAGGGACGUACUCUCUACGGGUUUGGCGGUUAG